GCUAUUAGAACGAGAGUUGUGGAUGCUGCACAGUUGCUGCCAUCUCAAAAUCCACCUUUAAUUACGAGAUCGCCAUCCCCGCAAAUUCCUCUUACGACUGCUUUCGUUGGAGCUUUAGAAAAUGGUAACGCGUCGAAUAUUAUUCAGAUGUCUGAUGAAUCUGAACAACCUCUAACAUCUUAUCCUCACUCACCUAAUUCAACAUCCAUUUUUCCUUCUGAUUAUCAAACUGACAAUUCUGACAUCUCUCAUGUUGGUUCAUCAAAUAUGCAAUCUGUGAUUUCAACCUCAAAUCCAGCUGCCGCAUCCACGAAUAGGUUUUUAGCAAAUGUUACGACAACUUAUGAUAUAAGGUCGUCUGAUGAUGCAAGAUCAGAUGUGGCAUCUUGGGGUUCGGUUGCAGAUAAUGAAGAAGCUGUUUUAACCACAACAGUACCACAGUUACCAUCAGCAAUGACUGGUACAAAUGGUACAAACAUAACUCCAAGCAUACGAACAACUCCGACACCCAACAAUACACCACCAACUAAUCCGACUACUCAAUCAACUUUAGAAAUUGACGUCCUUUAUCGUGAAGAAGAUAUUCUCUUAUCUCUUCAAUUGCUAGCUUAUCUUUCAAAGUAUCCUCAUUUACGCGCUACAUUCCACAAUGCUUAUCCACCUCAUAAUGUAUUUUUUCUUGUGGAAAAAUUCACUCAUCGUCUUCAUCCUGGUGAAAUUCAAUAUUGGGCUGGUGUUAUUAUGCGCAAUGCCUGUCGUAAAGAUGAAGAACGUGGCGGAAUUCGUCAGUGUGCUUAUAUGGCUUGUGGCAAGUGGGAGAGUUUUCCAAGAGAAUUUGCAAAAUGUCGGAGGUGUCGUAAAGCUAAAUAUUGUUCUAAGGCCUGUCAGUCAAAAGCAUGGAGUGAAGGACAUCGAUGGUGGUGUAUGGAACGACAUAGUCACGGUGAUUCUGAUAGCACAACUUCUAAUG